GGCUUCUUUGCUGGUCUUUUCUCUCUUCUUCUCUUCCGCCCAGCGUCCUCUUCCAGACCUCGUCCUUCUCUUUUCACGCUUUGAUCGUUCUCUGCCAAUGGCGAACGACAUAGUCGAGUUUUUAAAGACUGUCCCUCCGGUCACCAGAGUGUUCCUGUUGGGCACAAUCGGGACAACUUUUGGGGCACUGCUGAACAUCACUCCAGUGAGUCUGAUAAUAAACUACUGGCCUCUGGCUAUCUACAAGCUUCAAAUAUGGCGACCAGUGACUGCUUUUUUCGUUGUGAUGGGUGCUGAUCCAAUGUCGACUCUCAUGGAGAUUUAUAUGAUGUACACUUAUGGCAAAGACCUCGAAAUGGAAAAGUUUCGUGGAUUCACUUCCGACUACAUUUACUACGUCCUACUUAACGGGCUAGUUAUACUUAUCCUUGAUCUGAUUGCCGGGGGAAUGGCUUAUGUCGCUCCUUUGCUCGUUGGAUUCGCAUAUACCUGGUCACAGCAUUAUCCCGACCGGAUAGUCAGUUUCUAUUUCGGAAUCACCUUCAAAGCCAAAUAUCUUCCAGGUUUCAUUCUUGCCUUUAAGCUUCUGAUAGAGGGUCAGCCGUCGUUCUUUAUAUCCCUCACCGGAUUCGCUGCCGCUUACCUGUAUCAAUAUCUCGAGAAUGCGAAUGGCCCAGGCCGGCCAAGCCCGUAUCUGCAGACUCCUAGAUGGUUGAAGAAACUGAUUCCAGGAGCGUGGUCUGCUACAACGGGUAUUACUACCGACGCGCGAAAUGUGCAUCGAUCAUUCGGUAGUGCAUACUACCCUGCCGCCGAUGUUGCGUCCACUGGUCGCCCUAGUGCGCGCGCUACAGGCGCCAAUUCCUCUGCCGGAGAAACCAAUACCUCUUUCAGAUGGGGAAGAGGACAUCGUCUUGGUGAUUAGAGGCAAGAUCCGGAUGUUUAUAUUGUUUGUGUACUUCUAUUAGAUAUUGUUAUGUUUGGAAAGCUGGUGUUAUGGGUAUCUGCAGGAUUGUAAUGAAAAGUGCAUGUAUAUGAUGUAUCGUCGUGGAUGCGCCUUAUUAGACAUGUGAGACAUCGGACUGUUUAUAGUUUGUCUUCUUUUACAUAUUGUGAGCUUUGUUGUCACCUUUGAUGGUGAUUGGCGUUUUAUUUGAGGGUGCUUUGGAUGAGACGGCUUAUUAUAAAAUAAA